AUGUCGAGUACGAAGGAGCCCCUCUACUGCCUCUGUGGCCAGCCGUAUGACCCAGAGCGCUUCAUGAUACAGUGUGAUGUCUGCAAAGAUUGGUUCCAUGGAAGCUGCACUGGAGUCAAGGAGCACGACGCUGGAGACAUCAUCAAAUACCACUGCCCAAACUGCCAGCUCGCUCAUGGUCCCUCGAAAUGGAAAGUCAGAACAAACUGGCAUCGCCAUGAUUACAGCGACCCUCUUGCGGAUGGCAAGAAAGUCCAGUCGGGAACGCACGUGUUCGUCCAAGAACUUAAAAAUCGCAAAUUCAGAAGCGGGCACGAAGUUACCACAACAUUAGCCGCACAUCAGGUCACAGUCGAUUAUCUCAGAGAAACAUCGUUUAUGAACCCCAUCCUGGUAUCGGAGAAAGAAGAUUUGGGCUUGACAGUGCCGCCAGACGAUCUCACAAUCGGGGACAUAGUGGACUUCUUGGGUGCUGAGCUCAUGAUUGACGUAAUCGAUGUCUUGAAGCAAGAAAGCACCAAAAUGACGCUUGGCGAGUUCGCUGAGUACUACACGUCGUACAACAGGACCAAAGUCUUCAAUGUCGUAUCCCUCGAGUUCACGGAGAUGAGGCUAUCAGAAUAUGUCCGGCCACCUUCUCUCGUGACAGAGAUCAGCUGGGUGGAAAACUGUUGGCCGAAGAAUCUCAAGCGUGCGAACAACAAUCCCAAGCCCGCCGUAAUGAAGUACUGCCUCAUCGGGACGGAAAACAGUUACACCGAUUUCCAUAUCGAUUUCGGAGGAAGCUCUGUGUGGUACCACGUUCUCCAGGGUGAGAAAGUAUUCUACCUCAUCCGACCGACAGAGGACAAUCUAGUGAAAUACGAGCGGUGGAUGGCCGCGAAAGACCAGAGCGAGAUCUUUCUCGGAGACGAGGUAGAUGCCUGCUUCCGCUUAGCUCUCCAAGCCGGUCAGACGCUGUUCAUCCCGACAGGCUGGAUCCACGCAGUGCUCACGACAACGGAUUCGAUUGUUUUCGGGGGAAACUUCCUCCAUUCAUUCAACAUCGGGCUUCAACUCAGCGUUUAUGAAAUGGAACAGCGACUCAAUUGCCCGUCGAAAUUCAUGUUCCCGUCAUUUGAGACCCUGAACUGGUUUGCGGCAGCUUCGGUCAUAGAGCAGCUAAAGGACCAGUCCACUCGACCGCCGAUGUAUCUCGUCAACGGGGCAAAAGCGCUUUGCUCGGUUCUCCGCAGAUGGACUCAAGGACCCCAGAGCAGCAUAGAAGCCAUCCCCAAUUCUAUCAACGUGCCCAAAUUGAUCAAGGACCUAUCGAAAGAAGUGAAGUGCGCCGAGAAGAAAUUCGGCAAGAAGAAAGUUCGAAAGGAGAAUCUCUCGGAGCAGCGAGAAUCACAGCCACUGAAAAUGAACCUGAAGAGUCCCGCCGCUGCGAGAACAACUAAACCUCGUCCAUCUGCACCGCCGACGGCGGCGGCGGAUCUACCUGCAGUCGAUGCGCUCCGCCUAGCCGUCGAGAAUAUCUCGCUGCAAUGUGACCGCGUGGUUGACGUACUCGAUCGAAUCGAUCACCGUCGUAUUCCUCGGGAGCUUCUGAUACCGCUCCAGGACCUGGUGGAGAAAAUCCGGUCGAGCUCACAACAGCGGAAACGUGCUUCAGUGGAGGCUUCUAUCGAGAUCUUCGAGGACGACAUAAGAAUACGGGAGGAUCUGCUGCGAUCAGAUGAGAACAACGAUGAGGACAGUAAUCCUGCACCUGCGUUUUCUGUAGCCGAACCCAUUGAGAUUCACGUGACCACCGACAUGUGUCAUGAAGUGACAGUCAGUCCACUCGACUCGAGACCGAACGGUUCAUCGCCAUCCGUCCAUAUCGGUUCAGAGCUCUCUAUACGACCGGGCUGCCCCUGUUCGUCUGCCGCCCCAUCGCGAAGUCUUGAGAUUCCCGGAAGCUUGACUGGUUUCCUCGCAUAUCCAUUCAUUCCGAAAUUCGUGGUGCAUAGUGUCGAGUCCGUGGACGGAAGAGAGAUGUACGACUUUUCUUCUGAUGACGAAGGACGCUUGGUUGUGGAGGAGAACGCACCAUCUAUCGUCCCCACUCUGCCAUCGAUAUCGUCGUUCGGAAAGAAAGCGAAGAAGAUCCAGAAUUCGCCGAAGGCUGGCGGUCUCAAAUUGCGUCUAUCGAUCGGCAGUGGACCCAGCGGGAAUGCGCGGACAUCGAAGAAAAUUGAUUGCCUCAAUAUUUCACACACUGCGUCUGACACCGACGAUCUCGGCUCCCCGGAACAAGAGCAGGAAGCUAUCCAGGGUAUGCUGAGUAUGUCUGGUACGUUCAACUUCAGUGGUGGAACAACUGUUUCUCACGACGAAGUUAGGCGAAGCAGAACUUCCGGAAACUUGGAAAAGCUCAAAGAACGGCUGAAAGCUAAACGAGCAGCAUCGUCCGCUACCGGCUACGACGAAGAAGAGGACGAAUUCGAGAGAGCCUUGAAAAACUGCAAGCCAGAAGACGACUUCGUAUACCUCGGAAUCGAUGCAAAUGACGAGGAGACGAAAAUAUUCAAAAGGCGCGGGAAGACGCGCGGUCCGCAACGCCACGACGAAGCAUGGAAUCCCAAAGGAGUGUCUCUCAAAGGAAUCAUGAAGGGGGAGAGACCCCAGCGCGAGGGUGUCAAGAGGGAAGUUAUGGAGAGUACUCUAGCCGAGAGCAAGAAGUUCGUGGGCCCGACCACACCAUCGGUUACAAGAGAGCGUCGCGAACCCAUACGAAAGAAGAAGAUUCCCCCCACGCCUCGGAUCAAAGAGGAAACGAUCAGCGAGCCACGAG